UUACCGUAGUGUGUUUUUGUUCGGAGAUUAAAUGAUGUCACCGGAAAUAGCUAAUGCAACACAGGUUGAGUCUUGUCAUCACUGUCAUCAGAGCUGAACGUUGUCUAUCAAACUUAAUCAUAGCAACAAUCGUUGAUAACAUUCGCGCUAGCAAUCAUGGCUGAGGUAGAAGAAACACUUAAAAGAAUCCAGAGUCAUAGAGGAGUGCAGGGAAUAAUUGUGGUCAAUUCAGACGGUAUUCCAAUCAGAAGCACUUUGGAUAAUUCCACAACAGUGCAGUAUGCUACUUUAAUUCACAAAUUAGCACAAAAAGCUAGAAGUGCAGUACGAGAACUAGAUCCACAAAAUGACCUCACAUUCUUCCGUAUACGAUCAAAAAAAAACGAGAUUAUGUGUGCACCAGGUAAUGAGUAUUUACUGCUUGUGAUCCAGAAACCUGAUUCAUCCUAAAUGUAAUAUGGCCAAAGCUUUUCUCAUCUUCACUGCCUAUCAUGUCUAUUAUUAUAUUGUACAUAGGGGCCUUUUGGGUAAACUUUAUUACAGGGACAAAAGAGAAAUAAAUAUUUUUUUUGAUAUUUUAUUUGAUUCAAAUUACUUCUUUAUAAUAAAUAACAGGACAC